UACCGUACGUAUUGAGAAAAAAUAUUUGUUCAGUCUUCUCUUCCGAAAGAAAACAAAGGCAAAAAAGUUUAUAUCAAUUGUUUACUUGUAAAACAACCAGUUGUUUUGUGAAACAAAGACUAUAUUUGCAAUCGGCCAACAUUAUCAUAAAAGGCUGGAGCCUGGCUCUACAUUUCUUAAUGGUGAAAACAGCCUAGCCCCUACCUAUCUCACCGGUCUUCUAGGAGCAUUAUUAAGAUGAGCUUGCACACACGUGCGUUAGUCUUCUCCACCUUCUUCGGCAGCUGCCUAGCUAUUGGCCUCUUGCUCGUCAGCAUGACUACUAACCACUGGGUGCGGGCCACUCCACGCCGCAAGAACUCGUUGGACGCCAAAGGCGAAUUCAACUUCGGACUCUUUUACGGCAGCUACCACCUGAAUCCUGGAUUCGGAUUCCGCACAAAUUCGGUUGAUGUGUACACAUAUGUUCGAACAGAAAAUGGCGAUACCAGCUUCGGGCUCUGGCUACUUACUACCGUGGGCACCGGCUUCGCACUCCUGGCCUGCGCUGUGGCCGCAAUCGCCGCUGUCUUCAAGUCAGCCUCUGCGGCCAAAAGAGGAGGCGCAAUGAUGCUUCUCCUGACCUCCAACAUUUGCGCUGCGGCAGCGCAAAUAGUGGCGUUUGUGGCUUGGCUGGUGCAGUUCUACCAAUACUUUAUACAUAACGUUCUUUUAACCGAACACCAGCAGCUGCACUGGUAUAGCAAUGGACUGGCCUAUCUUGGUUACAGCUUCUACCUGGUCGUGAUAUCAACCGUCGUGGUGCUGCUGAAUAUCGCCGUCCUGUUGUAUGCCCGGCGACGCGACCUCCGCGACCGACAAUGCUUGGAGGCGCCAAGUGACGAUAAAAACAAGGCCGCCAUAAUGCUGUACUAAGGAAGACCCAAAUUAACCUCUACAAAUCUGCUUGACAAACGUUCGAGCAGCGACAUUUAGUAAUCUCAGUGGCACAAAUAGUUUUGCCUUACCUAAUAAUGCCUUUACCUUGCCAACAACAAGGGCUGUCUAUAUUUUCAUUUCAAUUUGUGGUAUAUUCGUUUCAAUAAGUGUUUACUCCUAUGAUUUUUCAGCAAAAUAAGAGAAUCUUAAGCGCACAACACUGCCAGCACCUAUUUAUAUAUCUUUUCAAUCCAUAUACAUACUAAAAUGUCAUUUUUCCAUAACGUGUAUUUACUGCCAUCGGCAGCCAAGUAUUUUUAUGUGCAUAUUUACAAAUAAAACAACAGUCAUUGUUCAAAAAAAGAAAA